AUGGGUCCCACAAUCAAGCUGAGCAGCGGCUACGAGAUGCCACAGGUGGGCUUCGGGCUGUGGAAGGUCGACAACGCCACGUGCGCCGACACCGUCUACAACGCCAUCAAGGCCGGCUACCGGCUCUUUGACGGAGCUUGCGACUACGGCAACGAGAAAGAGUGUGGCGAGGGCGUCGCCCGCGCCAUAAAGGAGGGUCUAGUGACACGCGAAGACCUCUUCAUCACGUCCAAGCUCUGGCCCGUCUUCGAGGACGGCGACAAGGUGGAGCCGGCCUGCCGGCGCUCGCUGUCGGACUGGGGCCUCGAGUACUUCGACCUGUACCUGAUCCACUUCCCCGGCGCGCUCAAGUACGUCGACCCGGCUGUGCGGUACCCCCCUGGCUGGCACUUCGACGGUAAGUCGCAGAUCGUGCGGUCCAGCACGCCGAUGCACGUCACGUGGGCCGCGAUGGAGGGGCUCGUAACCAACAAGCUGGCGCGCAGCAUCGGCGUGAGCAACUUCCAGGCGCAGCUGCUCUAUGACAUGUUGCGGUACGCCAAAAUUCCACCCGCAGCGCUGCAGAUCGAGCAUCACCCCUACCUGGUGCAAAAAGAGCUUGUCUCACUAUGCAAGGCCGAGGGCAUCGCCGUGACGGCAUAUAGUUCGUUCGGCCCGGCCAGCUUCCUGGAGUUCGGCUUCAAGCACGCCGAGGCCAUGGUGCCGCUGAUGCAGGACGAGCUCAUCACGGGCAUCGCCGCGAGGCACGGCAAGGAGCCGUCGCAGGUGCUGCUGCGCUGGGCCACGCAGCGUGGGCUCGCCGUCAUCCCCAAGACCAGCCGCCCGGCCGUGCUGGCGCAGAACUUGGAAUGCACUGGCUUUGAUCUCGAGCAGGACGAGAUCGACAAGAUCUUCGCUAAGGAUAUGGGCAUCCGCUUCAACCAGCCUUCGAACUACUUCGAUACCGACAAGAUGUGGAUCUUUGGCUAA